AUGAGUUUAGAAGAUAAUAGGUUAAUCAACUCCCCCCUUCAACAAUUAGAAUUACAAGCAUCGAAGGCUAAAAGCCUUUCACCUGAUAAGUCAUCUUUCCCUAAUGAUACAGAAUUACCACCAUCCCCAUCUCCCAGAGAUCGAGAUAGUAUCUAUUCUUUCGAUAGUGUAAGUACCAAUGGUAGAUUAUUAGAUCGUUUAGAUUUGGAUAAUGAAGAUUUGUUCGAUAAUGAAGAUGAUGAAGUAUUUCACCGAUUUAACAGCGUAAGUAGUAACAAUUCUGUUGAUUUGAAACAAAUCCCUAUCACCAAUCCCAAUUAUGUUGCAAGAUUACCAUCAUAUAAAUUGAAUCGUUCAGGUUCUAAAAAUAACACUUUUCAAAUAAAGACAGUUUCCAACAAUAUUGUAUAUUCCAAUAGAAAUCAGUCCAUUGACUCAUUCAAAGCAGACAAAGAAAGUUUAAAAGAUCCUAUCAAUGUAAGACAACAAAGUAUUAGUUUACCUAAAAGAAGGAUUAACUAUAAAUCACCUGAGGGAAGUCCUCAGACAAGCCCAAAUACCAGUCCCCGUCAAGAGAAAGGUAUAAAUCCUCACCAAACAUCAAAUGAAAGUUUAGAAUCCAGUAUUUCCCAGCAGGAAUUGAACGAUGAAUAUGAUGAUUUCAAUUUCAGUUCGUCGAAUGACUCAAUUGAGAAUCCUACAACUCCCACGAGAGCUCCUUCAGCUCCAAUAAUUACAAGAUCUCCACCAAAGUUUCAAUUCAUUACCAAUAGACCUAUAAAUAGAUCAACUUCUAGUAAUUCUACUUCAAGUCAAACUUCCCAAAUGAGUCAAGAUUCAAGAAAAACAUCAAGAAGAGCUGUCUCAGACUUGACUUCAUCUCCCAUAGGUAAAAGUCCUAGUAAAGCCAUUGACUUAACUCCUGAAGCUAGAUUGGUGUUAUCCUUUCAGUUAAGGAGUGUAGGUAAACAUCGUGAAGCUUCCUAUCAGCUUCAAAUCGCUGCUAAUCCUCCAUAUAAUGAUUUGAAGGCUAUGUAUUAUUAUUCCAUGGCUCUCAAGGUCGGUCAAGGAGUUAAACAAAAUGAUAAAACAUCAUUGAAAUGGUUAUGUAAGUCCAUUAUCAUAGCUAAAACCCCAGAAUUGAAGAAUUUCUAUGAUUUAAGAUUGGAGGAAUUACUCAAAGUUGUUUUUAAAAUCAUUGAAAAUGAUAGGAUAGAAACAAAUCCUUUUAAAUUGUAUGAUUACUAUAGUACGUUACCACCAAAUCAAGUCACCAAGAUUAUUAAUUCAGUUAAAGGACAAUCAAAUGUUAUGGCAUCGAUUUAUCGAGAAGUGGGUAAUUAUUUGAUCGGAAUCUGGGGAUCUGUUAGAGAAGAAAAUAUGGGUUUGAAAGCUUUGGCCAUAUCUGCAUCAUUAGGGGACUUCAAUUCUAUGAACCAAUUAGGUGAAAUAUGGAGUAACAAAUCCAAAUCCAGGAAAAAGGACUUACAUUCAGCUAGUGCUUGGUUUAGAUUAGCAGAGAUUUUUGGUAUAAAAUCCAUCGGGAAUAGUUGGAUCUAUAAAGAGAAGUAUAUGAAGCCUGAUAAAUAG